AGAGAAUCCAAGAUGGCUGACAUGGAGGAAGAUGAGGACAUAAGAGUCUUGGUAUUAAAAUAUAAAAAAUAGUCUUGUUAUUAGCCUUUUGCUAGCCCAAAAUGACUUUAUAAUAUUAUUAGUAAAUUUAUUUUAUAUCCUACCUACAUAGAGGCUAGAAUUUGAGUGGCUGCUGAGAGAACAUGUGCCUAAAGUCUUGGCUCAGCUUGGUUCCAUAUUGCAGGUAUUGUUAUUCCUUCCUCCUUCAUAUUGUAAUUGGAUUAUAUAGCCUUAAAGCUUUACUAGAAUUAUUUUACUUUAAUCAGGUAAGAUGGAGAGAGUCACUGGCACGGCAUUCAAUUUUGUGGUCAGAAAUGUGAAUAAGGAUUGUUUCACAGUUAUGAUAUAAGUAGCAGCUACAUGCAAAAAAAAUGCAGAAACUAAUUGAAUCAAGAAAACAUUACCAUUCUUCCCUUCCUCCAACAAAGAUAUAGAAAAGAGAAGAAAAGUUAAACUACCACAGUUCCAACUGAUUUUUAUUUCUACGUUUGUUUGGUCCUUUUUUUUUCUUGCUUACAUUUUAAGUUUUUUCAAGCUAAAACGUAUUUUUGAACAAGUGUGGUAAAAGGCAAAAACAUCAAAGGCUUAACUACAUAAUACGGGGCAAAUUUUCUAGGUAUAUUUGUUGGGGUGGGUUGGUGGCUCGGAAGUCCCGGCUGAUGAGUAACUGCAUACAUGCCAACCCUCCCGGAUUAUCCGGGAGUCUCCCGGAUACGACACCAAUCUCCCGGUCUCCCGUACGGGUCGCUUUAUCUCCUGGAUAAAAUCAUCUUUUGAGCUUUUCUGUGCCUUAGUUUGAAAUUUAGCCCAUUUUUAGCUCAAAACUUGAAUUUUUCUUAUUUGUAACUGUAGUACGGUUCCUGAGGCAUUUUACACCUAUUUAGUCACUGACAAAGAUUAUUUCUGGCAUCAAAACGAUGAUCGCAAAUUUGGAUAGUAUCUACUUCAUGUAAGACUUGAUAUAAUGUCCUAAAUUUCUGGGGUAGGGGGCUAGUGAAAAACAGAGAGUCUCCAGAUUUUAAAUCUCUAGAGGUUGGCAUCUCUGUAACUGAGCCGUGGAGCCACUUAUCAAAUAUAUACCUUACUCGCUGACUGACAAGCUAUCAGGCCACCGAGCCAAAAAAAUAUAUACCUUUACUUGCUCUUUAAAUUUGAUACUUUCAUCUCUUUUUUUUUGUCUGUUGUAUACUUAUGUCUUAAACCUGUAUCUUUCUUGUUCUUUGAACACUUGUCUUGACUAGUGAGCCACCGGGCCACUUCUGUUAAAAGACCUUAAAAUAUGGCCCUAUAUAAUAUAUGCUGUACAAUAUAUGCUUGGUCAAAUGAACUGAAAUGGAUUACCUUAAUUAAGCUUCACAUGACAUUUAAAGAAUUAUGUAGUUAAUUUGUCAGUCAAUUCUGAUAUUUUAUGGCCUUUACUUAUUGUCAUAUUUCAAAGGAAUGUUCCAAAUGCUUAAAACUCUCAAGCAUACCACCAAAAGGACCGACAGGAGAAAUUCAAGGUAGAGAAAAUUUGAUGGCACAGCUUAUCAUCUUACUCAAUGGGAUAUUGAUUAAUUGUUGUUGAAAAUAUUCAAGUGAUAAAAUAUUUUACCUCAUCAAGAAAUUGAAGGGAUGGGUGGGAUAAGUAGAGUGCAAAACAGCCUGUAUUUUUGGGUAGUUCAAGAACGUGAGCCGUCAAAUGAAAGGUUCAGAGCAAGGGUAAAAACGAGGAUCGAGGCUGGGUAGAGAUAGGCCUGAGAGACUUUGUGUCCUUCAUAGAAGAAUCUCUCAUACCGGCAAUUUAUUUGUGCAUUCUAAACCAAUUUUGGGUGGAAAAGAUGUAUUAUUUGCAGUCUAUGGAAUGAGGCCCUAUUAAAUAAAGUAAGUCUUUUGGUGUGUUAAAUUCUACCUUUUUAACAAGAAAAUAUAAUGCAAUUUAGAAGGAAAAAUAAGCAGUUUAUCAAAGUUCACUGGGAAACUUCAAUUUUUUUAAAUUCAUAAUAAUUUUUUGGUCUCUAUACACUGCAAGCAGAGGUUUAUCUCUUGAAUGGCUUUUAGUGAUUACAAAGUCGUUUGCAUGGCUUAGCUUGACUGUCACGUGCCAACUAUGUGAUAGACAAGCCACACAAAUGACUUCAUUAACACUAAAAGUCAAGUGAGAGAAAACCUCUGCUUGUGGGGUAUUGCCUCUAUUAAGUAUUUCCCAUUCAUCCAUGAGUGUUUUUUUCCUAGGCAUUUGUAUGUAUAGGGAGUAUACAUUACAGUCAUUUCAAAUGAAAUGUGUGUUACAAAUAUUUGAUAAAAUAUUUAAUGACAUAAUUAUUCAGUUAUGUGUUAUGUUAUUUUACUGACAAUUAAGGGGAAAUAAAGCCUCAAGAUUACUUCAUGCUGUCCACACCAAAGUAAGUUGAACAAUUUACAUAAAAAAUUAUAGAUUUUAAAAGGUAGGUUAAGGUGCUGAUGAGCCAAGGAGGUCCAUAAAACCAAAACCAAAAGAGACCAAUAUUUAUUUUCUGUUAACAAUACAUAAUCAAAAGAAAAGAUAAUGAUAGUUAAUAAAAUGAUCAGCUAAGGGAAAGUGCUGUGAUCUUAAACCAAAUUCUCUCAACUAUUCUUAAAAGAGAUGUAUGGAGAUCAGUCGGGAGAAUUUGUGUGUGGAUGUUGGGGUUUAAAGAGUUAACCUUAAACCAGUUUCUGAAGCAUGGAGUACCAAAGAGUAUUGCCCCUUCUCCCUAGAUGGGAUCUGAUCAAAGCAAGCCCAUCAGCCCAGCAGUAUGUCCCCAGUAUCCAUUUACAGAGAUAUAGUCAAGCUAGGAAUUUUAUAUGCCAAAGAUAGAGCUCAAAUCACAUGAUUAUUUGAAUUUACUACAAUAACUACUUGUUCUAUUUUGUAUUACAGUAGUGACAUGCUGAAAGGCUAUGUUGCUGUUGAAGGGGAAAAUAUUUCAAAAGCCGUGAGUAAACUGUCACAUAUUAAAUAAUGGUAUUAGCAUAGGUAAUAGCAUGAUUAGUAGUGACAUUUGGCGUAAAUACCAUGGGUGAUAUUUUAUUUGUUAUACGUAAUUUCAUGAGCCGUUAGGUGAGUGACAUUUGAGACAAUUUUGAAAUAUCACGAGUGGUAUUUAUGCCAAAUAUCACGUACAAGGAUUUUUGCUCUGUUUCACAGACAGACUUAUCUAGAGUUUAGUUUCAUCUGUGGCACAGACUAACUUACCAAUACUACCCUGAAAAAUGGCCUCAAGCUUGACAAACUGGUGUAGCUCCAUCAUUCCUCCUAUGAUAAAGCAAAGUAAAUGUUCCAGUCAUCUCCAAUGUGUAGGCAACUGAGUAAUGUAACAUACAACUUUUUAAACUUAAUUGUGACUGUGUUCCCAUAGUUUAAUGAAAAAAGUCUAUUGAGACAUUUAAAUUUUGGUGUUUCAUCAUCUUCAUUUUUCUUUGUCUUUUUCUAUCCACACUGUCAGGACCUCAAAUUCAAACUCCCUAAAGUUUCUAGUUCUGGAUUUCGUGUAUUUGUAAGAGAACGAAUACCAUGGAAGUUAAAACAGGUGACAACAAAACCCUUUUGCUGUUUAUAAUAGUAGCAAUAACAAUAAUAAUAAUAAUAAUAAUAAUAAUAAUGUGAUUAAUGAAUAUCCAAACUCAAGUGCAAUUUCCUGGAUAAGAACUUAAGUAUCUUUAUCAUCGUCACUCUGCAAUACUAUGCUUGAGAGGCUAAAGAUCCAAAAGACGACAGCUAGACUUUGUUGACUCAGAUGUACAGAUUGAAAACAUUAGGGCCUGCCCAAAUUAAUCUUUCUUUUUUUAGAAACAUUUGAAAGAAACUUUUUAAAGGUAGAGGCUGAUAGACAUAAUGGAUGGUUUUGUCAUGCACAUGUUUUACAACGAAUUUAUAAUAUGUAUUUUUCACCUAACUCCUAUGCUUUUAGUUUUGAGAAUUUCAUGCAUGUAUAUGGCAAGGAACUACAUUACCCUACUGCAUUUUUUCUUCGUUUUUGUGUUUAAAUAUCCAAACAUUUUAGUGCACCAUCUAACUUUGUUUUUUAUGCUUGCAAAUUUAUACAUUUAGAUCCAGGAUACUAUUAACUACUUACAACUUGCUAUAGAUAAAGUUCAAGAAACUAAAGCAAAUUGCAAUUUCUCUUCUGGGCAAGAAAUUGGCAAGGUAUUUUAAUAUUUCAUAUGUAAUAUGUUUUAACCAUGGUAUAAAUGUGAAAGAAAGAUAGGGGAAAUUAAUGUGAUAACCUUCAAUGAAUUAUGUUAUUUUCAAAAUUUUGACAGUUUGUUAGGCCCUGGUCCCUUGUAGUUGUACAUUGGUGGAAAAUCCUCAUAAAAAUGUUUCUUUCUGGGUUUCUUGUGGUUGAUUCUCAUCUAUGUGAUCUUCUAAUUUAUUUUUAUUUACAUUAAAUUAAUAUCAGCAGCACUUUCUUUGUCCCGAAUAAUUUGUAUUGGUCAUAGUUCAUAGUCAUUAUUCACAAAAUCAUUAACCAGUACUUAAUAUUGUUGUUUUCUUUAUGACAGGUUGUAGAUGAAAUAACAAGUUUUUUGACCAAGGGAAAAACAAGGCUGUCUUUGCCUGAGAAGACACCUGUUUUAGAUAUGUUAACAUCUGGAGACCAAGUAAAUGUUACUUGUUUUUUGGCAGUGCUAACGGUGACAUAAGAAUGGAAGCCCAAACGUAACAGGGGUGGGAAAAGGAUUGUUAGGAAAGAGAGAGAAAUUUUGUAAUUUUGUAACUGCACAAAGUCUGAAAUAUUGAUUUAGGGUGUCUUUUUUUAAUGUCAAAAAUAGACUUCCAUUCAGACUCACAAGAGAAUAGCAUCUCUCCCUAAGAUUUGCAGGAAGCUGCAGGGCAUAAAGAAUUAGUAGGCAGGCAGUUGAGUAACUUACCGUAUUUUGGCAGAAAUGGUCUGUCCACGAUCUUGUGCUUGUGAUCCCCCCUCCACCCCUUAUCAAAGUUGCUAGCAAUACAAGAUCAUGCUCAAAACUCGGAGGAACAACGUUGAAUGGGAGGGAGGAGGAGGGUCAGUGUUAUAUCUCACAGACCUGUGACCAGCAGGGAUUUGAAGCAAAAAAGAUCAUUUUUUCGAGGGAAUGUCUCAACAUUUCUGCAACUGGUUGUAGGAAGUUCUUUUGGUGCUAUUUCCUUUUGUUUUGUCGUAAAAGAUGGCCAUGGGUCAUGGUCGUAGUAGCCUGGAGAAGUCCCUUAAUGGAACCGAAAAGCUGUUGUUGUUUACAUUUAAGAUAGAGGUCAGAGAUAGAGGUUUUAAUAGUUUAGCAAAUAACAAGAUAAAACUAUCAGUUAAAUAUUAAAAACUUUGUAGAAUUUCUUGUGAGUGAUUUAGAAGACAGUAGCGAUUAUUAUUGUAGAAACUAAUGUGAUGAUGUCAGCAUGUUUCCCAAAAAUAAAUUGAUCUUCACACUCUUGGCACGUUACACUUGUAUCUACUAGAUUAUAAUUUAUUUAACUCUUUCAGCGGGUGUUCAAGCCUGGUAUGCCAGAUGAUGUGGUUGCAUAUUUCUGUCUCAAUGGCGACAAACUUGUUCUGUCAGUCUACACCUUAACAACCCUCCCUGUACCACCUCAAAAUAGUGUAAGUUUAUUUCAACAUAGUUAUUGUAAAGUUAUACUGAAAUGAAAAACAAAAGUGUGCCAACUCCACAUGAACAGGAGCCAAAAUUAAAAAGACAUCCUAAGCUACAGUAGGAUAUCUCAUAAGAUUAUGCUUUCAUACUAUACAAUGGCCCUGGUGUUUGUUUUGAGACAAUACUUGAGGUACAUCUUUAAACUUUGUGAAUCCAGCACCUGGCUUGCAAAGGUUCAACAUUUUCCCCUUACAAUGUUUCUUGCUUUUGACAUAGCACUAAUCAUAGCACUUUUCUGGGUUUACGUCACUUAAACCCUUCUAUAACAAAUUCUCUGCAACUGUGUGGAGUUGUUGUGUGUUAGUACUGGAGGAGUUGCAGCUGAAAGGAAACUGAUACCUUAAGUCCAGACCCAAGUUCUGGAAAAAACAAACCUUGCCCUAUUUUCGACCCAACUGGUUAAAAUCUCUACUUUAUUUUUAGAAAAUUUUAAACACUUUGUUAAGAAAUUGCCUCCUCUAGAGUUUAUGCAUUGUAAUUUUUUUAGUACUAUUGGUGGUUUUUAAUCCCUUUUUAGCUUUUAUGGUUUUAAUUCUUAAUUAUGUAAAACUGAAAUAGUUUUUAUUACUCUUUAAUUUUUCACACGACCACAUCAGCGUUGCUCUAAUCUUAUCGUGUAUAAAUAAAAUGCUUUACUUUUUUUAAUUACUUAUUUAUUUACUUCCUUUCUCAUCACAACUUUCUUUUGUAGUAGUAAUUUAUUUAGAGGUCAAAUUUCAGGUGUUUGUUUACUCUUUAGAAACCUCCCCAGGAUAAUGACCCUGUUGGACAAACAUUGUAAGUAAUUUCAAUGAUAAUCUUUUACAAUCUUGUGUAAUAUUUAAUACUAAAAAUGUGUAUUAAAAUCUAUCCUUUUCACUGUGCAUGCACAUUUAUUUUGAUGUGCAAGGGGUUCAUUUUCAAGGUUGUAGGGAUUGUUAUUUUUGUUCACUGAAACGUGUUCUUCUCAAAAUAUAGCUUUUGCGGAGAAGAAAAACAGUUUUGAUGAAGUAGCUCUGCCAAGCCAAAGUUUGACCUGAGUCACAUUGUUAUUAAAUAGUAUUAUAGUUUCAACCACCAGCCCUCAUCAACAACGCAUCUCUAUGAUACUUCUUUCCUCAGGAUCUUGUAAAAGUACCUUCUGAACUAACUUCAUUCCAGGGGUCUUUUAAGAUCUCUAGGCGUUGGAAAGAAGAGAGACCCUGGGAACAAGUUUUCAUGUCAACAGGGCACCCAGUUAAGAUUGAGUAAGCGAAUCAGGCCUCGUUCAUCCUUCCCACUUCUUAUAAUACGUGCAACUUCUCACCUUUUUGUCCUAUGCCUAUAACGACUGUUCACAUGCUGUGGAAAAGUGACCAUCCACUUCAACCGCCAUCACCAUGCGCGGGACUUUAUAACCGCAGUUCUUUUUUUCCUCAUGCAGUGAGUUCAAUGGGAAAUGGAUGGAAAUCACAAGUCACUUCGAGGUAAAUUUUGGAAACCAACUUUAGUGUCAUCAACUGAAUGAAUGUUGUCUGAAACCUUUUUUUGCACAAUAAUGCAUUUCUAUCAGUGUUCUAGGAAAAAACUGUUCUGAGAUCUUCCGCCCAUUGCUUAAUACACCCAUGAGACCAGAGGAUUUUUUAGUAAUAAUUACCUGAAUACUUUGAAACGCAUGCUGCACAAUACGAGCUGCGAUCCGGCUGAAACGGCAAGUCGGCACUUUCAGCGCAAGUUAUCGCAGCCAAAUAACUUAAAUCGGUUUCAACUCUGCACAAGUUUAAAUCGUCCUCUCACUAAAAAAAGUGGGGCGAGAUAAUUUUCGAAAAGACUUCUGGGACGGUUACUAGGGAGGGGAAAAAAUUGUUUGCCAUUUACAAAAAGUUUACGGAAAAUCCGGUUGGAAAAUAAAUGGAACACGCCUUUUCGGGUUGUUUCAGUAGAAAAUUUCUAAGCGUAACGGAACGUCUGAAAAGGUACUCCUGCUUUUCAGGUUGGAAUGUUCCAAACGGAAAUUCAUUUUCCAUUUCUUCAAAGUUAUAUUUGAUACUAGUUUCAGGCUUUCGCGGCCGUUUUCCGUUUUUUUUUUUUUUUGUGCAAAUAGGAGACAACCAAAAUCGCCAAUAGCUGACACGCACAAACCGACGCGUCUCCAGCAACGAUCCCAGAAUACAUUUCUGCUCCUGUUCCCUUCUCGUUUCCUAAGUGGCCAAUUGUGAAACGUUUUUCCUCUUUUUGCCAUAGGUUGAUUGUUCAAUUCCCAGAUUAAGUGACUCUGUGCUGCUAAUUGGAGCAGCAUUACGGCUCUGCCAGCAAUUAAAAGAUAAGGUUUGGAUCAUUUCUUUU